AUGGCUGCCACCAAAGUUGGACAUGCCUUAGCCAAGGGCCUCGGUAUCAAGCUCAAUUAUCGGAACGAGUUGGAUGAAGAUAUUCGCCGUGGCGAAUCUGUAUUCUCUACUCAGACCGCCGAUACGUACGUUGAGGAAGAACCUACCAGUGCCGAAUGGCUAAGAGAAACAAUCCCAAGCGGAUCGGAUCUCAAGUCAUAUGUGUGGUCUCUAUUUCCCUUCCUUCACUGGAUCACUCGCUACAAUGCUCAGUGGCUGGCUGGUGAUAUGGUUGCCGGUAUUACUAUUGGUGCCGUUGUAGUUCCCCAGGGUAUGGCUUACGCUGUUCUCGCCGAGCUGAAGCCCCAGAUCGGGCUCUAUUCAUCGUUCAUGGGUGUGUUGAUCUAUUGGUUUUUCGCAACAUCCAAGGAUAUCACUAUUGGUCCCGUCGCCGUCAUGUCAACACUCGUUGGCAAAAUCGUCAAGCAGGCGGAACAAACCGACCCCGACAUUCCAGGAAAUGUCAUUGCUUCAGCGUUAGCUGUCGUCUGCGGAGCAAUUAUUGUUUUCAUUGGUCUCAUUCGAUGUGGCUGGAUAGUUGACCUCAUCCCUCUGGUCGCCAUUUCAGCCUUCAUGACAGGUUCGGCGAUCAACAUUGCCGCUGGUCAAUUCCCUACGAUGAUGGGAUACUCCAAAUUGUUCAACACACGAGCCGAGACCUACAGAGUCAUUAUCAACUCGUUCAAGCAUUUGCCAGAUACGACAUUGGACGCCGCGAUGGGGCUCACUGCCCUUUUCCUCCUCUAUUUUAUCCGAUCGGUUUGCAGCCUGGCUGCAAAGAAGUGGCCGAGAAGGCAGAAGGCGAUCUUCUUCGUUGCAACCCUCAGAACCGCUUUUGUUAUCCUCCUCUACACAAUGAUCAGUUGGCUCGUCAAUAGGCAUCACCGUGAAAGGCCUUUGUUCAAGAUCCUAGGAAAUGUUCCGAGAGGGUUCACUGCAGCCGCCGUCCCAACUGUCAAUACCAGGAUUAUCAAGAUCUUCGCAGGCGAGCUUCCAUCUGCCGUCAUUGUUCUUUUGAUCGAGCACAUUGCAAUCUCCAAGUCUUUCGGCCGGAUCAACAACUACAUCAUCAAUCCAUCUCAAGAGAUGGUUGCUAUUGGUGUAAGCAACCUUCUUGGACCAUUCCUCGGAGGCUAUCCCGUAACUGGAUCCUUCUCUCGAACUGCUAUCAAGUCCAAGGCCGGAGUUCGCACUCCAUUUGCAGGUGUGAUCACCGCGGUCGUCGUACUGCUGGCCAUCUACGCUCUCACAGCUGUUUUCUUCUACAUCCCAAGCGCCAGUCUCUCAGCAGUCAUCAUUCACGCUGUCGGAGAUCUCAUUACCCCACCCAACACAAUCUACCAAUUCUGGCGAGUUUCUCCCCUCGAAGUCCCUAUUUUCUUCGCUGGAGUCUUGGUUACGAUCUUCUCCUCUAUCGAAAACGGCAUCUACACCACCAUCAGCGUCUCCCUCGCCCUCCUCCUCUUCCGCAUCCUGAAAGCCAAGGGAAGGUUCCUCGGAAAAGUCAAGAUCCACUCUGUCAUUGGUGAAUCCGUCAUUGGCAAUGACAGCAGACCCUUCCUCGCCCCAGACAACGGUACCUUCACCAAGUCUGGGGGGACGCAUGAUGUUGCUUCGUCACGAAACAUCUUCCUUCCGCUCGACCACGGCGAUGGCUCCAACCCCGAUAUUGAGGUCCAAACCCCAUACCCCGGAAUCCUAAUUUACCGCUUCUCGGAGGGCUUCAACUACCCCAACGCCAACCACUACCUCGACCAACUUACCAACCACGUCUUCGCCACCACGCGUCGAACGGACCUCGAGCACUACCCGCGUCCUGGUGAUCGUCCUUGGAACGAUCCGGGCCCCCGCCGCGGCAAAGCGCCCGAGCUGCACACCGACCGCCCAACCCUCAACGCCAUAAUCCUCGACCUCUCUUCCGUCAACAACGUCGACAUUACCUCCGUGCAGCAACUAAUCGACGUUCGCAACCAGCUCGACAAGUACGCCUCCCCCUCGACGGUGGAUUGGCACUUCGCCUCCAUCAACAACCGGUGGACGAAACGAGCGCUCGUAGCGGCCGGCUUUGGCUUCCCCACGCCCGACACGAGCGCUCGGCACCGCUGGAAGCCGAUCUUCAGCGUCGCGGAGCUGGGCGGCCGCGACAGCGCAGCGCAGGCGGCCGAGAUGCGGGAGAUCCGGAGUGCGGACGAGAAGGCGGUGCGGGUGCGGGAGGCGAGGAGCGGCCUCCAGGGCGACGGCAUCGACAGUCUGGACAGCGAUAGCGGCAUGAGCGGGAGCGAUCUGAAGCUCCAUCUGGCGACGAAGACGGGGGCUCGGACCGCGGUCGUGAAUGGCUUGAAUAGGCCGCUGUUCCACAUCGACCUGACGAGCGCGCUGCAGAGCGCUAUUGCGAAUGUGGAGGCCAAGGCGGCGUAUGAGAGGCAGGGCGGCAGUGGCAUUGGGGAGGUGCCGUGA